GGGGUUUGGAUUGAAAACAGAUCAGCAGCCUGAAGAUCUCAACACCACCGCAUGUCUCUGCAACAACUGUCGAGUGAAGCCAAACCGCUUUGACUUCCAAACUUUUUUUAACGCGCACUCGAGAAACAAGAAAAAAAACAAAGCUUUUACGCGUCAUGCUAGUUUGCUGAGAGCGCACCUCCUGGAGAAGAUGGAUUGUAAGAAAAAGUUGUACUCGACUUGUGCUCCGCUCUGAAGCGCUCUCUCCGGUACAGAGGAGGUGGUAAUGCCGUGCAAACUUUGAAAACUUUUUUUUCCGGUUCAUGGAGUUUGGCGUCAAGUCCGGAGAGGCUCGUUUGCGCGUUUUGCGUUUGGCGGCGGCGCUGUCCUAGUUUACGGGAAUCAGGCAAAGUUUUCAUCGGACAAAAAGAGUGAGCGGAAGAGCUUCGGUGUCGGAGCGAAAGGAGACGGCAGUAAAGGUCGUGACUUAAAUCGAAGAGCAGCAUGGAGACUUCAGCUCCAACAGCCACUGAGAAGAAGGAGUGUAAGGGUUCAGGUCUGGAUGGAAGCAGCUUCUCAGAAAUCCCAAAGAAGCCGUCGCCCACCACUCUGACCAGAGGGGCCCACCACCUCUUCCCCACGUUUCACACACCCAUCCCAAUCGACAUGAGACACCACGAGGGGCGAUACCAUUAUGAGCCACACCCACUCCACGCAAUGCAUGGACCUCCAGGACUGACGGGCAGUCCAGUCAUCUCAGAUAUUUCCCUGAUCCGUCUAUCACCUCACGCGGCGCCUGGGACGGGUGAGUCACCGUUCAGCCCUCCACAUCCUUACGUCAGCCCCCACAUGGAGCACUACCUACGCUCGGUACAUGGCAGUCCCACUCUCUCCAUGAUCUCAGCAGCCCGCGGGCUGAGCCCUGCUGAAGUGACCCACGAACACCUGAAGGACCGUGCCUUGUUCAGUCUCCCUCCUCCACCACCAGGGGCCAACCCCACAGAGUACUACCACCUGAUGGCUAGUGCCAGCCAGCGGAGCCCCUACGGCGACCUGCUGAUGCAGAGCAGUGCAGCAGCGGCCGCAGCAGCAGCAGCAGCUCAUCUACCAGAUUACAUCAGCCCCGUGGAUGUAUCACGUUUCUCCAGCCCACGGUUGACACCCCGACUGAGCAGGAAAAGGGCACUGUCUAUCUCCCCACUGUCAGAUGCCAGCAUUGACCUGCAGACCAUGAUCCGCACCUCACCCAACUCCCUGGUGGCCUACAUCAACAACUCCCGCUCUAGCUCGGCUGCCAGCAGUUCCUAUGGGCACCUUUCAGUCGGUGGGAUCAGUCCUUCGUUCAGCUUCCCUCAUCCCAUCAACCCCGUGGCAUACCAGCAGCUGUUGUCCCAGCAGAGGAGUCUCAACGCCUUCGGCCACACGCCUCCUCUCAUUCAACCAUCGCCAUCCUCCUUCUCGGCUCGCCAACACCCCCUCACUGCUUCACCUAUGUCCGCCUCCCACAACAGCUCCAACUCUGAGACAAACCAGAAUGCCAGUGGAGACCCAGCAGUGAGUAGCACAGUCAACCCAUUGACUACCAAGAGGUCAAAGGUUAAGACAGAAGCAGAGGGUCCGCUGCCCAUCUCACCAUCCUCUCAGGACCACAGUGGGGGGAUCUUGGACCUGAGCGAUGAUCUGGACAAAGAUGAGUGCAAACAGGAGCCAGAGGCCAUAUAUGAGACCAACUGCCACUGGGAGGGCUGUACCAAGGAGUAUGACACCCAGGACCAACUUGUUCAUCACAUCAACAACGACCACAUCCAUGGAGAGAAGAAGGAGUUUGUGUGUCGCUGGCAGGAGUGUUCACGGGAGCAGAAGCCCUUCAAGGCUCAGUACAUGCUGGUGGUCCACAUGAGGCGUCACACAGGGGAGAAGCCACAUAAAUGCACAUUUGAGGGCUGUGCCAAAGCUUACUCUCGCCUGGAGAACCUUAAGACCCACCUCAGGUCCCACACCGGGGAGAAGCCAUAUGUGUGCGAACAUGAGGGCUGCAACAAGGCCUUCUCCAACGCCUCAGACCGGGCCAAGCACCAGAACCGCACACACUCUAAUGAGAAACCAUAUGUGUGUAAGAUCCCGGGUUGUACCAAGCGCUACACGGACCCCAGCUCUCUCAGGAAGCAUGUCAAGACAGUCCAUGGACCCGAAGCCCAUGUCACCAAAAAACAACGAAGCGACGCACCUCCGAGACUGCAGCCACCCAAAGGCAAUGGGGAGAAUGAGGCAAAUUCCAGGCUCGGUACGAGAGGCAUGGACGGAAAGAUUGAGGCCAACAGCACCUCGAGAGGAGUGGAGGACUGCCUACAGGUGAAAUCUAUCAAGACCGAGAACUCUAUGACAUAUCAGUCCAGUCCUGGCGGCCACUCCUCAUGCAGCAGUGAGCCGUCUCCUCUCAGCAGCGCCAACAACAACGACAGUGGGGUAGAGAUGGCCAUGCACAGCGGGGGCAGCUUUGGGGACCUCAGUGCACAGGAUGAUUGCCCCAUGGUUGACUCCACUGUUCCCGUUGGGGGACAGCAGGCUGGGGUGGGGCUUCAGUUGAGGAAAGCUGUGGGCCAUGGUGGCGGGGUCACCAUCAAGCUGGAGAACAUCAAGAAGGAAAGGCUGAAGACAGUGAGGGACUCCUGCCCCUGGGUCAACUCUGCACCACAGCCAUUGCAGGGCCAACGCAACAGCAUGAAGCUGCCUCCCAUACCUGCAGUUGGUUCCCUGCUGGAGAGCUCCAACAUGAUGAGUAACUCAAGCGGUUCAUAUCCUGGCCAACGCAUGGGUGACCUGUCUUCAUGUGAAGUAACGUUGCUGAACCAGCUCAAUGAACGCCGUGACAGCACCACCAGCACCAUCAGUUCAGCUUACACCAUGAGCCGGCGCUCCUCUGGUAUUUCACCCUGCUAUUCCAGCCGCCGGUCAAGUGAGGCGUCACAGUUCGGUGCUAACCGCCACAACAACAUCAGUUCGGCUGACUCCUAUGACCCAAUCUCCACUGAUCUGUCUCGUCGCUCCAGUGAGGCUAGCCAUUGUGGAGGUGGUGGUGUCAGUGGAGGAGGUGGAGGAGGUCUCCCAAGCCUCCUUAGUCUGACACCAGCUCAGCAUUAUCGACUUAAGGCUAAGUAUGCUGCUGCCAUUGGCGGAGCUCCACCUACUCCUCUCCCCAAUAUGGAUCGGAUGAGCCUGAGGACCCGCAUGGCACUCUACAGUGAUUCCCAGGAAGGCUCGUCGUACCCAUUCCAUCAGCCACCCUCUGGAACUGUGCCUCGGCGAUGCAGUGAUAUUGGAUAUGGCAAUCGUAGCAUGAUGCCCCAUGAGGUACCUGCCAACCUUCCACGUCGUGCCAGUGAUCCAGUGCGCCGUCCCACACUGGACCCUCUUUCCUUUCCAAGGGUUCAACGUUAUAACAGCAUGAACAACAUGAACCCCCUGAAUGGGCCAUCUUCUGAACGCCACCAGGCACUGGCUAUGCAGGGCUACACUCGCUCUGAUGGCAGCCUGCAACGUUACCCAUUUGCCCCGAGACCACCUAGCAUUUCUGAGAAUGUAGCCAUGGAGAACAUGGCAGUAGAUGGGAUGAUGAUUGGGGGGGAGCAGAAUGGGGAGGAUGACAUGGUGCUUCCAGAUGAUGUGGUGCAGUACCUUAGGUCCCAGAAUUCUGGCCCCUCGGGUCAAAACCCCGGGCAAGUGGACUACCAUUCCAACAAUCAGACUCAGGGCUACCAGACAGGCAUGGCUCCACCAGCUUCAUUUUAUGCACAGAGGAGGAUGGCCAUGGUGGAUGCCAACAUGACUCAGUCUGGUCAGGACAUGCAGUCCUGUCAGAUGGGACCUGGUGGCUCCCAGCAACCCUUCUCAGCAUCAUCGGACAAUAUGAACAAAAAUAACAUGCCAGUGCAGUGGAAUGAGGUGAGCUCGGGGACUGUGGACACUACAACCAAGCUCUCCAAACAACAGCAGCAUUCGCUUAGGGGGAACCUAGCUGUUGUUCAGCAGAGGCACAAUUUUGGUCCCCUCCAAGGACAAGGACAAGGCCUAGGCAGCAACCAGCAAGUUGUGCCUAUGAGUCAGAAUUUGUCUAUGCAGGGAUAUGGGAACCACAACAGCCAGAGGCUGAUGAACAUCUCUCACCAGCAGCAACAGAGGCAAUGCAACAAUGUAAACUUUAGUGAGCAAAUGAGUCCUCAGCAAGGGUUUGGCCAAGAGGCAAUCCCAAAUUGUUUAUCUGGGAGCACUAGCAUGAGACCUCCCCGGAACAAUGUGGCAGAUCCAGAACUGCAAAGUUGCAGAUCAAGGACACAGGCUGAUGGGUAUUCCCAUGUGAACCAAGUGGAUCAGCAGCAAAAUUACAGUGUUCUCUCCCAGCAGCAACAGCACAAUAUCCAUAACGGAGGCAGAGGAAUGUUACAACCAAGGCCUCCCAUAGAGCCCAAGUCUUUUGCCAGACAACAUACAGGUUCUAGCCUGAUGCAACCAAGUCGAAUACCCAAGUCAUCUGAUUUGAUUGCCUAUCGCAGUACUGACACCUCAGAGGCAAGCCCAAAGAGGCCCAGUGGGUUAGCAGCCCACAACAGCAAUUCUGAAAAUCCAAACUCUGCCGUGCUCUACACAGGACAGAUUCAUAUGUUUGAGCCAACUUCUGUCAGCUUCGAUGCCCCUAUGUCCCCCACUGCCAGCCAGGCUCCUGCCAGCAACGCCACAGCUGCAACUAACAUGGCCUCACCAGGAGUCAACCACGUCUCCAGCAGUACGGUGGAUUCCUCCACUGGUGGAUCUGGUGGCACGGAGCAUGCCCAGAUCGACUUUGACACUAUGCUGGACGAUGGGGACCACUCCAGCCUAAUGUCGGGCACCCUGAGUCCCGGCCUUCUGCAGAGCCUCUCCCAGAAUUCCUCACGUCUUACAACACCCCGCAACUCUGUCACCCUCGCGUCUGUACCGGCAGGGAUUGGCAACAUGGCCAUAGGUGACAUGAACUCUAUGCUCACAGCCUUGGCUGAAGAAAGCAAAUUCCUCAACAUGAUAAGCUGAGAGCAAUCAAACACCUCAUCAUCCAUCCAGUCUUAACCAUUUCUACAUCAGGAAUAUAUGGAGUACACAAAGCACUGAUUGAACAAAGUAAAACUGGCUAUUUCAUAUUUUUUUCUUCAUUGUCUAUAGUUAUAUGCUUAUCUUGUAAUAUUUGCUUCAGAUUAAAAUAUGUUACAUUUAAAGAAAAAUAGUAAGUAUAGCUAGGGUUAAAGACAAUUUCUAUCAUUAUUUGUUAAAAAGCCAUACAUUUUACAUACAAAUAUAUGAUAACCCCAGGUAUAUAAAUGCAUCUGCAAACGAUCGCCAUUCAGUAUUUGCUGGUGUAAUAGCUCUACACAGUGGUGCACUGAAAGCAGUUGAAAGUAGUUCUCACAUGUAGUAUCUUGCUGAGGACAUCAGUGCUGAGCAUCCGAGUAUGACAUAUAAAACAGAGUUAUCAGGAAAUGGACAUGAAAUGUAGAUAACAGGUAAUAUUUUCUCAUGAAGACCUUUAUGUGUAAAGAUUAUACUCUAUGGUACUUGCUUUAAGUUAUGCUGUUGACUUGAUGUUUAAACUACGGCUGUCAAGGUACAGUAACCUAUGGGUACUAGUCAUUUACAAAGGAUGACAAAUUCUUGAUGAAAUUCUUUAUGGGUUUUUUUUGCGCUAAUCAUGUAGAUUGGGAAAAAAAACUAUUCUCACAAAGCUAAGCUGCAAUUUUCUGUACCUUUUACGUAUAUGAUGCAUAAACUGUAUAAAAUAACAAACCAAGCCCCACAAUUUUAGCCACUGGUUUGUGUACUCAUGUUUUCAAGCCUUGAGUUUGGUAUUUUGGCCAUCACCAUCUUAGAUUUUUGGAGCCAGAAGUGACUGUAUUUGGACAAGAGGGUAGAUAUUACCCUAACGCUAGCUGCUAGCUUAGUUGGAGCAUUUACAGCAUUGGUUAACUGUAAUUAUGCUAAUGCUUAUUUUUUGCUUGAAAAGAACAAGCUCAAAGGUAUUCAAACAAACUGUACUUACGGCAAAAGCUGAACGUCUGACGUAUGGUUCAAUACCUAACCAACACCCAUAAUUAUGCAUAACUUUAGGCCUUAACAAUAUUCAAACAGCUCAGUUAUAUAAAAAUUAACCUUUCCAUAUUUUGUGUCUUAAACUUAAAGGCUGUAAACAUGUUUAUUUCUGUGGUUAAGUUUUAAUAUAUGAAUAUAUAAUAUCAUUCCAGGAACUGCAGUUUUUGGCACUCCCAUCUUAUACAAUACAAUAACUAACCUAAGACUAACCUGAAACACAAACUGUUGCUAAGUCAUUUUUGACCAGGGUUAAAACUUAGUCACGUGUUUCAGAAGGACAUACCUAGCAAUGUGUGUAAAUUUUAUGCAGGCAAAUUAUCACAGAAAUACAAUUUAUUUUUACUUUAUUGCAAAACAUACAGGUGCUCAAAGCCCUGAGGUUAGAGUACAUGAUCAAACCAUGCAUGUGGGAAGUGAUACAUACAUGUCUGUAAUGAAAAAAAAAACUGCUAUUGCAAUUUAUGUAUGCACAUAAUUCAGCUAUCUUGCCACAUAAGAUAACUGCCAUUACAGAAACCUGUCUUUUAUAAAAAUUUGAGUUUCAAUUACUCUUAGAUUUUGGAAUAAAGGUUAUUGGUGAUUCUGAGUUAAUUUUCCUCACACAUUUUUACGACAUCUCAUUAAUUCAAUAUGCAAUUGUUAAUACCCUUCAACCAGAAAUUUGCAGCUAAUUGGAACUUACAAAAAAAAAAGCAUUUGACAGCCCUAGUUUAAACACGUGGUUGUACAACACUAUGAUCCACAGAUAUUAAGUGCUUCUUGAUCAUAGUCUGAGCUCUUGGGGAUGGUACUGUAAAAUCAGAUUUCCUUCUUUGCCCACUGGAUCAGAGGCAUUUACUCUCCAUGGUCCUAUCUCACAAGGGUAAAUGAUUGAAAAGGACAAGGAUAUGCCUCUGUGUUAGUCUAUCAGGGCACAUGAACCCAUGUGUCUGACAAGGAGCAUUCUCUAAAAGAAUAUACAAGUACCUCUGUGUGUUCUCAGUAGAGAUCCAGUCCUAAUUAACACAUUCAUAGCGCCCCCCCUCGCUGUACCCCAUCCUUCCCCUGGGGUCUGGAUGAACUGCAGAGAGUCCAGGAUGGGACACAGACUUUGAUAAUGAAAUCCUGUUUCGGACAGAAUAGGCAAACUAGCCCUGAAAAUUCCUCCAUUUUAUUAUGUUUGCUGAAUUUUUUAGUAGCCUUUAAAAUGUUUGUGUGUAUGCUACCAUUCAC